GCCGAUGCCAACGGGACUGUCUGACUGUGUGACUCUGCCCAACAUCCAGCGGAUUCGAACCACGCAGGGGAACUCUCCGGACUGUCGGACUGGCUCGGACCGAGCGAGGAGACUGUCUCUGGGCCAAGUUCCAUAGUGGAGGGGGGAAGCAAUGUGGCCCCUUCUUUCCACGCUGACCGUCUUAUGUAUCCAGAUGUUGCUGGUGAUGUGCAAUCCAUUACAGCAGGUACUUGGUGUGGAUGGAGUCAACUUCAGCGUGCAUGUGGAGAACCAGACUCAGGUGCGAGACACCAUGAGCCGGCGACACCACCGGGUCUACCAGCUCUACAGCCGCACCAGCGGUAAACAUGUCCAGGUGCUGGGGCGCAAAAUCAGCGCCAAGGGAGAAGAUGGAGACAAAUAUGCCCAGCUCGUAGUGGAGGCCGAUACCUUUGGUAGCCAGGUGAGAAUCCGGGGCAAAGAAACCAAUUUCUACCUGUGCAUGAACCGCCGCGGCAAGCUGGUUGGAAAGAAGGCCAGUAAUCGAAGCGAAGACUGCGUCUUUGUGGAAAAGGUUCUGGAAAACCACUACACAGCUCUGAUGUCGGCGCGCUACACGGGCUGGUACGUGGGCUUCACCAAAAGAGGGCGUCCUCGCCGCGGCCCCCACACGCUCCCCAACCAGCAGGACGUGCACUUCAUGAAGCGCUUCCCGCCCGGAGAGCAGCCCGACCUCACCACCCCCUUCCGCUUCACCACCAUCAGCAAGCGGGGCAAGAGGGUGCGUGCUACUGGACCCCGCUAGUAGUGGCUAACGCUAGCACCCGCUGUCUCGUCGUCCACAGCCUUGACCUGAGCCUGCCAAUGGCUAACCCAGUCAUCACUUCUAUCACACAUGACUCAACACCUCCCUUUGUUGGGACAAACAUUGACCAGAAACUUGAUGAAUCAUUCACGGGGUUUAGCUUUACACCUACUAAUUUGCCACUACAGCCCCUUAGUUAUUGAUCAUUCUUCUCAGUUUUAGUUCCCUUACUGGACCAACUGGAGCACUACCAGUUCAUGGCUGGACCUGGUCUGCUUCCGUUCGCUGGACAGAAAUACUGACAGGAAACCUGAAGGGCAGCCAGACUCCCAGGCUCGACAAAGGCCUUUAUUCCCCCCCACCACAAAAACCUCAAGGCCUUCACAUCUCCUGUUCUGGACCAGCUUGACACUGUCGGGAUUACAACUGGACCAUACAGAGGCAACAAGGGUGGGAACGACUGACUGAACAAGAGAGCGGGUGCUUAGCCUUCGGAUAAAGGGAAAGCAAGAAGGAGAAGACAGGAAAACGGCGGAGUGGACAAAGGGAUAGAGUGGUCUGCGCAGCGGAUCAUAUGGACCAAUAAUUGACUGUUGACAUGUGACGCACUUAUUUGUCUCACUGCUAAAUUGGUGGGAACCAGUGGGACUGUUGGACGAGCGGAAGGAUGAGUGACAAGAGGAUUCUAGUGAGUGUCUUACUGAAUAAAUGCAUGUUUGUAGAAGGAGGACGAGGAAACGUUUGUACGGUUGUGCAUGUGCUUGUGUGUGUGUGUGUGAAUGAGUGAGUGAGUGCACCAACAACCAUGAGUGAAGCUGGAUCGCAAGGGACUCUGGAAAGGGACCACGCAGUCCCUGCAUGAACCCGUGACAACUCACCGCAGGGACUGAAGCUUUAGGAACUGGAAUGUAUAAAAAAAAAAAAAAAAAGCUGCACCAAAUACAGCCAGCCAGUCACAGCGAACCAAACCGACAACCGACCAAAGACAACUGGAGACCUUCUUCACGACUCCUCCCCCACGUUCCCCCACCACCACCCCAAGGACACAAUGCCCUCCGCUUAUAGGUGCGGCGGGUGAAGAGCGCAGGGACGAGCAUGGCGGGGAGGGUGCCUUCUCAAUUAGCACCAUUGCUAUAGAAACAACCCAGGGGACGAUGCUCCCUCGGAUAUCUUGGAUACAGAGUGCUGCUACCAGGACAUUCAGUGGAACAAACCAAAGUCUCAUGCAUACACCCAGGAGAAAAACAAAUAUUAAAGGGAACAAUUUAUUGAAAGUUAUAUAUAUUAUAUAUAUAAAAAAAAGAAGACAGAAACCCUAAAUAAGCAAUCUUAAUAUGAUGGUUACUAUAAUUAUUAUGAUAAAAUUAUUUCAUUUAUUUAUUUCA